GUCGAUGAAUCCAACAGUUUUGCUUACACAAUGAACAGCAUCCUCGGCAAGAUCGUGACAGGUCGAACAGACUGUAUCACCAGUGCUUGGGGACCGUGGUCACCAUGCAGCGGUCCGUGCAGCAGUGGUAGUCGAAAGAGGACGCGAACGGUUCUCGCCUCACCGAUGUUCAACGGCAGCAGCUGCGGAGACCUGGUCGAGAGGCAAAGCUGUAUAUCGCCGUCAUGCACCGCUGACAAUCAAAUCAAUCUACUAUGUCAAAACGCACCCUUGAAUUCCUACCAGCCGAUCGGCCAAUGUCCAACGAAGUACGUCUACUGCCCGGCUGUUGGAACGGCCAGGGUGUUAUCAUGUCCUUUUGACCAGGCGUUCAGCGUCGAGAAGCAGAUAUGCGUCCCAAAGAAUAUGCUGAGAGGAUGCUUGCCUCCUUCCGGGAACUUCUGCGUCGGCAAGCCGAACGGUGCCUAUCCAAUGUGCUCCUGUUGCACUGACUACAUUCUGUGCUGGCAGGGAAUGUCGAAGACCAUGCGGUGCGGAAUGAACGAAGUUUUCCAACAGUACCCGUACGGUAGCUGCGUUCCGCGAAACGAAAAUCUCUGCCCCAGAUCAGCGCCGUUGUAG